AUGAACACCAUCGUCUUCAACAAGCUCAGCGGCGCGGUGCUUUUUGAAGACAGCGGAGCUCCAGAGAGGGAGAGGGGCAGCCGGCCCUACGGCGGAGUCCUGGACAGUCCCCACGCGCGCCCGGAAGUGGGCAUUCCCGAUAGUCCGCCCCUCAAGGACAACCUCGGCCUGAGACACCGGAGGACAGGGGCCCGGCAGAAUGGCGGGAAGGUGAGGCACAAGCGGCAGGCCCUGCAAGACAUGGCGCGGCCCCUCAAGCAGUGGCUUUACAAGCAUCGUGACAACCCGUAUCCUACCAAGACGGAGAAGAUACUCUUGGCCCUCGGCUCGCAGAUGACGCUAGUUCAGGUGUCAAAUUGGUUUGCUAAUGCAAGACGUCGGCUUAAGAAUACUGUUCGGCAGCCAGAUUUAAGCUGGGCUUUAAGAAUAAAAUUAUACAACAAGUAUGUUCAAGGAAAUGCUGAGAGGCUUAGUGUGAGCAGCGAUGAUUCAUGUUCUGAAGAUGGAGAAAAUCCUUCAAGAAACCACAUGAAUGAGGGGGGCUAUAACAAGCCAGUUCACCAUCCUGUGAUGAAAAGUGAGAGCUCAGUGAUCAAAACUGGAGUGAGACCAGGGUCAAGUGCAAGUGAGGACUACGUGUCACCCCCCAAAUAUAAGAGCAGCUUGUUGAACCGUUAUCUUAAUGACUCUUUGAGGCACGUCAUGGCCACAAACUCUGCCAUGAUGGGGAAAACAAGACAAAGAAACCAUUCGGGGUCCUUUAGCUCCAAUGAAUUUGAGGAAGAAUUGGUGUCUCCAUCGUCGUCAGAAACUGAAGGCAACUUUGUCUAUCGCAUGGAUGCUCUGGAAAAUGGAUCCAAUAAGGGUGACAGUGCAGCUAAGAGAAAGGGACCAAGCAAGGACGACACGUACUGGAAGGAGAUCAAUGCAGCCAUGGCCUUGACGAAUCUUGCGCAGGGAAAAGACAAGCUGCAGGGCACGGCCAGCUGCAUCAUCCAGAAGUCGUCUCAUAUAGCAGAAAUAAAGACAGUCAAAGUGCCGCUUGUGCAGCCGUUCUAG